GGGGAUUCGACCCUUCGCCCAGGUGUUUGCCUCUUGCACCUCUUAUUCAAGGAUCUGGGACGGAACUCUCAGUUGGAAGAACUGAUGAUGGAGAGGGAAAACCAUACCACAGCGACAGAAUUCUUCCUGCAGGGCCUGGUCAGCUUGCACAAGUUCCAGCUAUUCCUCUUCACAUUCUUCCUCUCCAUGUUUGUCCUGUCCGUAGCGGGAAAUAGCCUCAUUGUCCUCAUCAUUCUUUUGGCCCCGCAUCUUCACACACCCAUGUACUUCUUCCUCGGCAACCUCUCCUUCGUGGAGGACUGGUACGUGGCCGUCACCGUGCCCAAGGCUCUGGAUGGUCUCCUCACCCACCACUCCCUGAUCUCUGUCACAGGGUGCAUCACACAGUCCUAUUUCUUCUUUGCUCUUGGAGGGACCGAGUGCUUUCUGCUGACCGCCAUGGCUUACGAUCGCCACGCUGUCAUCUGCCACCCCCCUCCGCUACUCUGUCCUCAUGGACCCAGCUUCCUGUCAGAAACUGGCGGGGAUCUGUUGGCUGUCAGGCUUCACCUGCCCCAGUUUUGCCUCCAUCCUGCUCUCCCACUUGACCUAUUGUGCUCCCGCCCAGAUCAUCCACUUCUUUUGUGAUGCAGAUCAAAUCUUCAGGCUAUCCUGCAAUGACACCUACCUCAUUCAGAUCAUUGGCUACAGCCUGAUCACUGUGGUGAUCUUCAGUUCUCUGCUCUUCAUCGUGGCCUCCUUUGCCCACAUUUUGGCUACCAUCCUGGCCAUUGACCUCUGCCCGAGGGAAGGCCUUCUCCACUUGUGCUUCCCAUCUCUUGGUGGCCACCAACUACUUCAGGACUCUCAUCUUCAUCUACAUUUGGUCGUCGGUGAAGUAUAAAGAUCCCGGAGUCAACAAGGUGGUGUCAGUCUUCUACGCUGUGCUGACCCAACUGCUCAACCCCCUCAUCUGCACCUCAAAGAACAUGGAGGUGAAGGAAGCUCUGAGGAAAACCUUCGCUUAUGGCAAAGCUUAGACCAAGUUAAGGAUAAAAGGAGUAACCCCAAUGACUGA